CAUGGGGAAAGAUGAGUGCAAAACAAUGCUGGACGCUUUGAACAAAGUGACUGCUUGCUACAGGCAUUUGGUCAUCGCUCUGGGAAGCACGUCGGAUUCGCAGAACCUGCGAGAGGAGCUGAAGAGGACCCGCAAAAAGGCCCAGGAGCUGGCCGUGGCCAACAGGACUAAACUGACCUCUCUGCUCAAAGACAAAAGCAUCAGCAAAGACGACCGAGCCGAGUACGAGCGCCUAUGGGUGCUGUUCUCGAGCAGCAUGGAGCUCCUGGAGGUGGACAUGAAAAGGUCCCUGGAGAUAGGGCAGGAUUUCCCCCUCAAGGUGCCCACGAGACACCUCAUCCAGACGGGGAUGACCGGCAGCACCACCACCGUGGCGGCCCGGGCCAUGAGCGUGCAGAACAUGAAGUACGAGGCGGACAGCAACAUCGACACGGCGGACCUCCGGGACCUGCAGUGCGAGAUCUCCCAGGUGAGCCAGAUGAUGGAGGAGAUGGAGAUGAAGGUGCAGGUGGCGCCGUGGGCCGUCGAGGCGAAGCAGGAGGCAGGCGCGGAGCUCAAGUCCAACAUGAGUGUGGGAAAUUCCUCCGUGGGUGUCAUCUCCAUCUGCGAAGAGGAGCCCAAAGAGGAGGACGGAGGAGGCAACAGGGAUGCUGGCUUUGCGUCGAUCUGCGCUGUGCUUGUGUUCUUUGUCAUCGUUACGGUCGCUGUGGUUCUCGGAUAUUUGGUCAUCAAUAUGUCCUGAGCUGUCUCCCCAACAGCCCACCCUGAUGGACACCCUGCGGGUCGGCCCACGAGCGCGUCACCGCGGUAAUAAGAGCCAGCAGCUCCACAAGAGGGAGAAAUAGCUUUUUAUUUGAGGGGCUGAAAAGAAGAAAAAAAUACGGACACGCGAAGUUAUUCAUCUUUCUCGCACUCGUGAAUGUAUUCGGUGGAGUCGAAGUGUUGCACUAGAUAUAAUGUAGAACAAUAGAAUGGACGUCGGGCACAAAUUGUGGUUAAGUAUUUUGAGGGGCUAGGGGUCGUGUAUUUUUGGAAGAGGAAAAAAAUUAAGUCAUGAAAUUACGUGACAGUGUCUGGCCAUCAGGAUGAUGCAAACAACACGUAAUCCAAGUGGAUUAGUGGAAAAGCUCAGGCGUAAAUAAAGCCUACUAUUAAGUACUCCUCUUGGAUGUUCUGCUGCAUUGGUGCUUUAAAUUUCAUGAAUUCCAUUCAGUAAAGUCAGACGUGUUGAGCAGGAGACCAUGUAGUCAUAGAAGUAAAGGGUCAUGUCGUAUGGGAAGUAAUAUAGAGCCAGAGUUCCCGUUGGAAGUGAUCAAAUCCGCACUGUUCCACACUCCUGUUUGUACAGUUUUAAUACGUCAUAACAUCUAUAGCCAGAUUGUUGUCAGCCUGCAUUUGACUUCAUUGCAUCAAAUCACAAUGUGCUUCAUCAAAGAGCCUUGGGGACCUGAGAGAAGUCCACAGUCGUUUAAUAAUGCACUGUAAGCCUGUUUGUGUUCCUUUUCAGGGUUAUCUGGCAAACAGUGUUGAAUGUAAAUUGCAACAUGUGAAUAGAGGGUUUGUUCAUACAGA